AUGGGCUCCCAAGGCCCUCCGUUUAGAAUAGCUAUUGUCGGCGGUGGCAUCGGAGGCCUGUGUGCUGCUCUAUCAUUGCAUCACCACUGUGCCGGCGAAGGCAUCAAAAUUGAUGUGUACGAACAAGCACCACAGUAUAAAGAAAUCGGUGCUGGUAUCGGCAUUGGCGUCAACGCUGCAAGAUUGCUUCAUCACAUUGGCAUUGGAGAUGCGGUGAACGGUAUUGCUGGUAGUCGCGAAGGUAUCUGGAUAUCUUUUCGUCGUUACGAUACAGGAACAGACAUCGUGACUGUACCGGCCAACGAUCGAGAGAGGAUUCGACAAUGUCCCGUCCACCGUGCAGAAUUUUUGGAUCUCUUGGUUGACACCAUCAAAGAACGAGGAGCUGCAACUCUGCACGAAAACAAGUCUUGCAUCGACGUUGUCGACGAGGGCGAGACUGUCACCUUGAAUUUUAAAGAUGGCAGCACUGCUACUGCUGAUCUAGCCGUUGGGUGUGAUGGCAUACAUUCAAAACUUCGAGCACAGUUCAGCACAGAUAACCCCCGUUACGGAGGUAGAAUCGCAUAUCGGGGACUGGUACCUAUCAGCAAGCUUGAAUCGAAUUGGCCAUUUCAGACCUAUUCUGUCAGCUGGCUGGGCAAGGACAAGCAUUUCUUAGUGUUCCCAAUCAGUAAUAACAGGAUCUUGAAUAUUGUCGCCUUCGUCGCAACAGAAGAAAACAAGCUAGGCGGCCUGAAGGAGAGCUGGACCGCCACCGGAAACAAGAGUGAUCUCGCAAAGGAUUUUGAGGAGUUUGACAAGACCGUCCUAGAGAUUAUUUCCCAUAUGCCGGAACAUCCCUCUAAAUGGGUCUUGAAUGACCGGAAACCGUUGCCGCAAUGGGUGUUUGCUCAGGGCAAGGUUGUACUUAUGGGCGAUGCCGCUCAUGCGAUGCUCCCUCACCAAGGCGCAGGAGCAGGUCAAGCCAUUGAAGAUGGCUACAUUCUGGGUCGCGCACUGCAAGACUAUCUCCGUUCUCGAAACCACGCCGAUGAGAAUCUUGAGAAAUGGACACAAUUGUAUCAGGAUGUCCGGCUUCCACGGGCGCAAAGAGCCCAAGCUACUGCUAGGCAAGCAGGCCAGGUGUAUGAAAUGCAGAUGGAUGAGAUGCUUGGGAAGUCGUAUGAGGAGUGCCUGCCCCUAGUACGUGAUAACUUGCAGGACCGAAUGAGAUGGGUAUGGACCGAAGACAUCGACCUGGGAUAUGAGAAGGCGAGGAUGGAGGUGUGUAAGAGUUAG